AUGUCUUCGUCACGUCCAAGCGGUGGUCGAAAUUUCACGGACGCAGAAUUGGCCAGAUAUCUGAACUAUGAUGGUGUCACUAGUGAUAGCGAUGGAGAAACUGAGGGGAGUGAAACUGAGGAUUAUUUGGAGGUUGAGGAUUCUGAACAAACUGAUGAAGACGACGAGCCAAUGGAGGUAAUAUCUACCAGUUCACCCAGAAUAGAAUCACCUGUUACUCUCGAAGAAUCUACGAGUAGCCAGAACACAGACAUUUCACGUAAUACAUGUAUUAUUUACUUGCCGCAAACGGUUUUGCGUGGGAAAGACAGGCAUGUUUGGUCUACGAAAAAGCCUCAAUCAUUGAGAACUCUUAGUUCUAAUAUUGUACGAAUAUCACGAGGUCCAACUUCUCAAUGUCGCCGUGAAAAUGAUCCUUUGCAAUGUUUUAAAAUGUUUAUUACUGACGAAAUUAUAGAUGAAGUUGUACAAUGGACAAAUCCUGAGAUUAUAGUAAAACAGCAAAAUUAUUCAGUCAUUAGAAACACCCAGAAAACAACCGAUAAAUGUGAAAUUAGGGCAUUAAUUGGACUUCUUGUUUUAACCGCUGCUUUCAAAGACAAUCAUUUGUCAACCGAUGAGUUGUUUGAUGCAUCUUUUUCUGGUUCAAGAUAUGUUACCACGAUGAGUAAAGAUAGGUUUGAAUUCUUGAUACGAUGUCUUAGAUUCGAUAAUAAGUCUCUAAGAUUAUCUACCCAAAAUAGGGACAGAUUUGUACCUAUUCAAAAAGUAUGGAAUCUGUUUAUCGAGCAAUGUAAAACAAAUUAUAAUGUUGGAAUGUAUGUAACUAUUGACGAACAAUUACUAGCUUUUAGAGGGCGAUGCCCUUUCCGCAUGUACAUACCCAACAAACCGAAACCGGAGGACUGCCUCUUGGUGAAUAUUUUGUGA